AUGUCACCUAAGAUUCUCAAUACCGCCCUCGACGCCGUUGGCAACACUCCGCUCAUCCGCCUUGACAGAGUCGCCAAGCACUAUGGGCUCAAAUGUAAUCUCCUGGGCAAAGUCGAAUACAUGUCGGCGGGAGGCUCAGUAAAGGACAGGAUUGCGAAAGCGAUGGUUGAGGCUGCUGAGAAGGAGGGAAAGCUCACUCCUGGCAAGAGUGUCGUCAUCGAGCCGACCUCUGGAAACACUGGCAUCGGUUUGGCUAUGGCUUGCGCAAUCAAGGGUUAUUCGGUUAUUAUAACCUUGCCCAACAAGAUGUCUCUUGAGAAGGAAGCGGCUCUUCGUGCGCUUGGAGCCGAGGUUGUUCGAACUCCCACCGAGGCUGCCUGGGAUUCGCCAGAGAGCCAUAUAGGUGUGGCGCAGAAGUUGCAAAGGGAGAUCCCUCAUGGCAUUAUACUGGAUCAGUAUCGAAACGUUAACAAUCCGCUCGCCCAUGAGCUGACUACCGGUCCUGAAAUUAUUGAAGCAAUCACGUCGACAGCCGCCACAUUGUCUAAGCCAUCAUCUGGGAAGGUGGAUGUACUUGUCGCUGGUGCUGGAACAGGUGGAACAGUGACAGGCAUCUCUCGCGCUAUUAAGAAGACACACAAUCAGGAUUGCGUUAUCGUCGGUGUAGAUCCGAAAGGAAGCAUCCUCGCCGUCCCCGACAGUCUAAACGAAGCGGACAGGGGUAUUCAAUACGUCGUUGAAGGUAUUGGAUAUGACUUCAUACCUGAUGUCCUCUAUCAAGGCGACGUCGACGAGUGGAUCAAGACCUCCGACGAGGAGUCGUUUCAAGCCGUCCAAGUUUUGAUGAAGUGUGAAGGCUUACUGGUUGGCGGAAGUAGCGGUAGCUCCCUUUCUGGUGCUAUCGAAUGGUUGAAGAAGAGCGAGAGAGGCAAACGUGUGUCAGCAACUGAAGGAAGGAAUGUAGUAGUUUUAUUACCGGAUGGAAUUCGAAACUAUAUGAGCAAGCCAUGGUUCCUUAAGCUAGCAAUGGAGAAAGAGCCUUCGCCAAUGGCUAGUGUCAUUGCCAAAGUGUUACAGUCUAAAACUGGAUAA